CCGAAUGUUGUGCAGGCUGGGAGUAUGGUUGAGCAGAUUGAGGAAGAUGAGAUUGCUCACUGCUACUGGGCACCAAUCCCCGAGCCCAAGACUCAAGAGGAGGCCUUGAAUGGACCAAAUGGGGAGAAGUGGAAGGCGAGUGAGGAUGAGGAGUUCAGGUCCCUGAUUGAGAACGAGACAUGGGACACGUGUGACUUGCCUCCUGGGAAGAAGGCAAUCACUUCCAAGAUGAUCUACAGGCACAAGUAUGGACCUGAAGGGGAGCUGACCCGCUACAAGUCUAGGCUUGAGAAGGAUGAAAUCCUCAUGCUCUUGGUGUACGUGGAUGAUAUCCUUCUCUUUUCUGCAUCAACUGCUUUGCUGGACAGUGCAGAGCAGAUGCUGGAGAUGCAGUUCAAGUGUUCCAAGAUGGGUGAGGUGAAGUACUACCUGGGGAUGCAUGUGGAGAGAGAUGUGGAAAAGGGUGUGCUGAGGUUGCACCAGAGGAAGUACUUGGGAUUGGAGUACAGUGGAGUGAGGCAGCGGUUGCAGAGAGGUGUUGCAGAUGUGAAGAGUGGUGAGAUGCUCUUGAGUUGCUAUACUGACGCUAGCUUCAACUCAGUGAAAGCGGAUGGCACCAGCAUUGGGGGUUAUGUGUGCUUGCUAGGAGGUGCUGCUGUGAGCUGGCGCAACAAGAAGCAGAAUGAGGUGGGAUUGUCCUCAUUGGAGACACUCGCACGAUUCGAGAAGGACGUGAAGCGAACCGACACCGGAUUCCUGGCAAUAGCAACAGAGGUGGAGAACGACAGGGAGAGAACCUCGGAACCUCCAGGAAAGAUCAAGGAAUUAUUGAAGGAGUUCCAAGAUAUUCUUCCAGACGAUCUUCCGAAUGAGCUACCGCCAUACCGAACGCAUCAACACGAGAUCGUGGAGGAACCGGGUUCGAAGCCGACCUUCCGAGCACCAUAUCGGCUCAGCCCUACGGAGCUGACCGACAUGAAAAAACAAAUCGAGUAUCUCCUAGCCAAAGGACUCAUCCGACCAUCCACUUCGCCGUACAGUGCCCCAGUACUCUUCACACCGAAACCGGACGGAAGCCUGCGCAUGUGCAUCGACUACCGAGCUCUUAACAAGCAGACCAUCAAGAAUAAAUAUCCGAUACCACGAAUCGAUGACCUGCUUGACCAGCUUCGGGGAGCUACGGUAUUUUCCAAACUGGAUUUGCGGUCCGGAUACUGGCAGAUACGCAUGGCGGACAACUCUAUCCACAAAACUGCUUUCCGAACUCGGUAUGGAUCGUACGAGUAUUUGGUAAUGCCGUUCGGACUCACCAACGCACCGGCAACAUUCCAAGCCAAGAUGAACCACAUUCUACGACCACUUUUGGACGAGUGCGUGGUGGUGUACCUGGACGACAUCCUCAUCUACCCGUGCGACAUGAAGCAGCACGUCAAACACCUGCGACGCGUCUUCGAAAUUAUUCGACGAGAACGAUUCUACGUUAAACUGUCCAAGAGCGAUUUUGCCCUUGAGAAGGUCCAGUUCCUAGGACACAUGGUGAGCGCUCAAGGAGUUCACGUCGACCCCUAGAAAAUCGAAGCCGUACGCACG